UGGCUCCGAGUCACUUGUAAACCAGUUAGAGCAGAGGGUGGAGAAACGUCUGGCAGCAUCUGAGGAGAAAGAGAAAGUAGAGGCGGACAUCUUCUCCUGCAGGAAGGGAGCCAUUACACGUUUGAUGGGUGAUUGGAGAAAGGACAGGGGAGUAGGCUAAAGGAACCAGAUGGAACAGUAGAGGGUCUGAUAUCAAGCUGCUGUGUCUCAAUUGGUUCCAGCACUGGACAGCCACAAUGAAAGGAGAAUGGAGUGUCCCCUCUGUGGUAAUUGGUUUUCUGAAGCAGUAAUUCAGCACCAUGCUUGGAAUUGUGAUGGAUCAAGACUUGAGGAAGGGUUGUUGACUCAGCAUGGAGCAGCUUCAGUUGCGGGUGAGAAUUAUCAGCUUGCAACUUGCACCAGUCACUUUCACCAACAUUUGGAUGGAGUGGGUUCAGUUGUUUUUUCCAAUAUCACUGCAGUUCCACACUGCAGCACAGAAUAUUCUCAGGAGACGACAGCAGUAAAGACACAAGAGUGUCCAGUUUGUGGUCAGUCUUUCCCCACUAAUGAGAUAAUAGAACAUGCAGCAUUCUGCAAUGGCCCUGGCUUCAGCAAGGUCCUGGAGCAAGAGAUUCCCAGCUACAGCAAGGUCCUAGAACGAGAAGGUGCCAUCGACACCAUGGAACUGUUUUGGAGAUAUGUCAAUGAAAAGGAGCAUGCAGUUCCCAGAGCAGUAGUUGGAGCUGAGGGAGCCAAGAGGGUUCUCAGCAGCAAAGAGGUGGAGGAAGACAAUGUGCUAGAUUUGGAAAAAAUACUACAAUAUUUGAAAAAGAUGGAAGACAAUAUAUCACAGGAUCCAGAAUUCAAAGAGGUGUUUGGGCCCCUCCUGAAGAGCCCCAACCCACUUUCCCUUCUACAGUCCUUAUCAAACACCAUCUUCAAUCAAAAAGUUGCUAAGGGAGCUGGGAAAGCUGCUCCUGUCUUUCUUCUCUUCCAGCUGGCAAAAUUAUGUCUGCCUGCAAUUUUGAAGUCAGAAGCCUUUGCUGUUUUUAAGAAAUGGGUUGAAGCAUUUAUUCUGGAGAUUGUUGUUCCUUGGAUCUCCCAAAUGGGUGGCUGGGGACCGGUACUGUGUGCUCUAGCCAGUCUUCUGGCGAGUGGACUAAUCGUGGGUCUCAAGGUGCUGCUGAUGUCGCCAACUAAAUAAAUAAAUUAGGGCAAAUGAUGACCGCUGUCCAUAUUCAAUACAUCAGAAAUGUGAAAAUUUGAUUUGGAGGGAAACCGGUUGUAAGUUGAAUAUAAACGUCAAGAUCCUGGCACAUAUGACUUCGGUGGAAAAUUGAGCUUUUGUUUAAAAAUAGAAAAUGUUCAAGUCAGGUGAUCUACACUGAUAUGUGAUACCUUUCUAAACUAAAAACCUUUUGCCUCUCCUUGGUCUGUAUCCCUCUUUUCCCUCUCUAUUCAUUUAUCUGUCAAGAUGCCUCUUAAACAUUGCUAUUGUAUCUGCCUCCACCACCUCCUCUGGCAGUGCAUUUCACGCACUGACCAUUCUCUGUUUUUAAACAAAAACUUGCCUCUCACAACCCAUUUUAACCUUAAACCUAUGUCCCCCAGUAAUUGACAUUUCUACUCUGGGAAACAGAUUCUGACUAUCUAAGCCUCUCGUCAUUUUGUAACUUCUAUAAGGUUGCCCUCAACCCUUGGCGUUCAAGUGAAAACAAAGCAAGUUUCUUCAUAGCUAAUAACCUCCAAACUAGGCAACGUCCUGAUAAAUCGAUUCUGUACUCUGUCCAAAGUCUCUCAGUCUUCUUAUGGUGUGGCAACCAGAACUGUACACAAAUGUGGCCUAACUAAAGAUCAAUACAGCUGCAACAUCACUUGCAAAUUUUUAUACCCUCUGUCCCAUGUCAUAUUAAUUUCAGGGAACUGUGGACCUGUAUACCUAGAUGCCUCUGUAUGUUGGUGCUACUAAGUGUUCUGAGCUGAAAAUGUGUUGCUGGUUAAAGCACAGCAGGUUAGGCAGCAUCCUAGGAACAGGAAAUUCGAUGUUUCGGGCCAGAGCCCUUCAUCAGGAAUGUUUGCUAUAUACUCACCGAUACCGCUUCCGCGACCCCCCCCCCCCCCCCCCCC